UAGCACAGGUGACUGUGAUGGGCGUGCGCGCUUUUCCCCUCAAACUAUCCAUAAGUUUUGUGUGGAGCAUUGGCCCGUAGCCAAGCUAUCCUUUUGUUCGCCAUUUAAAACACAAACCUUCCAUGAAACCAGGUCGGUAAAGUUCCCCUCGGUAAUCCAACGCGUCUGUGUCCCGCCUCUGUUUGUGUCAAACCGGUUUGACGUUGUGCGUUUUGAAGGGGGAAGUGAAGGACCGUGUUGGAGCCGACACCAUUUAAAACUCUGUUUAGUUUUUUCCUGUGGCAACAAUAAGCAUGAAUAUGUUCAGAAGGGAGAAAGGAUCAACGGCCCCAACUCCGGUGGUUCCACCUCGACCCAGCAACGAGGAUCUAGACAACCCCACCGAGCUCAGACGGGACGCGGGAACGACCGCCAGCAGCGAGGUGACAUGUGAGCUCGACCCGAAGACCAAGAGAACGGGGGUGAUGGGAGUCAUGCACGUGGUCAACCCGUUCAAGUCUACCUCACAGGCCCCCUCCACAGUCGGCAAAGCUGCUUCCUCCGAGUCACUAGAGCAGGGAGCAGACUCCACACAGAACCCGGGUAUGCUGAAAGGGGUCUUGCACAAAGUCAACCCAUUCAAGUCUUCCUCACAGGCCUCCGCCCCAGUCAGCAAAGCAGCUUCCUCUGAGUCACUAGAACAGGGAGCCGACUCCACACAGAGCCCUGGUGCGCUGAGAAGGGUCCUGCAGAAGGUCAACCUGUUCAAGUCUUCCUCCCAGGUCUCUAAAGCUGCAUCUUCAGAGUCACUGGAACAGGGGCGGGUCUCAGACGCUAAUCAGAACCCUGGGAAGGUGAAAGGGGUGAUGCAGCGAUUCAUCCCAUUCAAGUCUCACGCACAGGUGCCACCGAGCGAUCCUCAAAACGACGCUGCUGAUCCACCAGAGACGGGGACAGACCGCCCAGGCAAACAGGAUAACCAGCCUCUACACGGUGACCUCUCCUCCAGCAGCGGAAGCUUGUCAGACGUUAAAGAUGCGCCAGAGAAGCAGAACCCUGGGAUGUUCAAAGGGAUGAUGCAGAAAGUGAACCCCUUUAGGUCUCACACACAGAAGCUGGGCGAGGAAUGUCAGACAGACGCUGCGGUUCCCAUCACACCUUCUUCAUUCGUGACACAGGAAAGCCAAAUGAUUGACAGCGAGCACUCCUCCGGCUCUGACAGUGCAGAUGACAGCACCAUAGAAAGACACACUAUUUGGUAUGCGGACGCUGACGACAGCGGCGAGGUGAAAAGCCAGCUGACACAGGCCCCGAAGAAAAGAACUAUGACUUUCAGAAUAAGGAGGAUUCUGCCCACUGCAUUGUUUGGGUCUGGAACAGAGGACUCAUCGUCCGACACUCAAGCACCGCCCCAGGAAGUAGUGGAAGUUCAGACACUAGAGUUGGCUGAAGUGCCAAGUGAAGGAACAGCCCUGGACCCUCUAGACGAUGAAGAAGGCCUUAUCGGGUGGUGGAGAACAGUAGAAGGCUGGGAUGAGUGGAAUGAAGACAGGCAGAACGACGAACCUGAAGAAGUGGUGGAACAAGCAGCUGAUCGUGUCUUCAUGGCGGCGCGUCUUUUCGUCCGCUUCUUCAACCAGCGUGGCGCCGUACUCCAGCAGCACAUCCUGGAGCUCAUGUCUUUGGCUGACUCAGCGGACAUUUUCCAUAAGAAAACCGUCAAGGGCAGCGUCGGCGGCGGGGUCGCCAGUGUCGCAGGGUCCAUCACGACCAUCACCGGCCUCAUUCUGGCGCCCUUCACUGCGGGAGCGUCGCUCAUCGUCACGGCUGUAGGCAUCGGGGUGGCGACUGCAGGCGGGGUGGCUUCCGCCUCAGCCAACAUCACCGACAUGCUCCAUUCAAAGACGGACCGCAAGAAGGUGGAGAAGAUCAUCCAAGACUACGAGGAGGAGAUGAAGGAUAUCAAGGAGUGCCUGGAGUUCUUGCAGGAAGGGAUGGAGAUGCUUGAUGAUUGGAACUUUGAAGAGUACGUUGAGAACAUCUCGAAGAAGCACCUCAACCAGAACGUCAAACAUGUAAUGAAGGAGGGCGGCCGGGCCGGCAAGGCUCUGGUGAUCAACACGGAGAGCCUGAUCAGCACCGUUCAGGUCCUCAGUGUUGCGGGGGACGCUGCUAGAGCCGUCCAGGUGAUGAGCCUCACCACCGGAGUGAUGUCUGGUCUCUUCCUGGCUCUCGAUGUCUUCUUCCUGGCAAAAGAUGCCAAGGAGCUCAAGAAGGGAGCCAAGACGGAGUUCGCAGCCAAGAUUCGAGAGGUUUGUAAAGACCUGCAGGACGGGCUGCUGGAGCUGAACCGCAUCAAGGAACAGCUGCAGAAAACCAUCGACGGGAUAGAGGUGGAGGUAGACGAGGGGGAAGAGGACGAAGAGCUGUUGAAGUCUGAGCUGAAAAAACUUGUUGAGUUUGAAUAAAAGGACAGCGGUUAGAAAACAGUGAUUACUGUAACUUUCUCAACAAUAGUAUAUAUAUUUAUAUUAGUAGUAGUUAAAUUAUGAGUAUGUACAUUGCGUCAUGUUGAAUUAAUGUCACUUUAUUUGCAAUAAAAAUGGUUCCCUGCUUAUUUGUCUGGCUCAGUUGUGACAGGUAAGAGCUC